AUGGGUUCGAAAGCAGUCAUCUCGGUAAUUGGAUCCCUCAAUGUCGACCUCGUCACUCGUACUUCACGUGUACCAGUAGCGGGCGAGACUUUGACCAGCGAGUCCUUCGACAUUGGGUAUGGAGGAAAGGGCGCUAAUCAGGCUGUCGCGUGCGCACGCCUGUCUCGAACACAGAAGCAGGCAGCCGAGAGCAAGGCCUCUGACAUUGAGGUCCGCAUGGUUGGUGCCGUCGGAGAUGAUGAAUUCCACGAGGGCUUCCUCAAGAGUCUGCAAAAGGAUGGGCUGAAGACAGAUGCUGUCAAGAUCUUGAAGGGAAAGAAGACUGGCGUCGCAGUGAUUACAGUGGAGACCAGCACUGGAGAGAACAGAAUCAUGUUCUGUCCUGGCGCCAACUAUGAUGUUGAAGCCAAAGACUUGGUCGACGGCGAUGCAAGCGUUGCGUUGUUCCAGCUCGAGUUGCCUAUGGAAGUUGUACUACACAACAUGAAGGCUGCGCGUCAGAAGGGCGUCGAGACCAUCAUCAACCCAGCACCGGCCAUUCCACUUCCAGCAGAGGCGUACCAGGGCCUUGGUCACUUGAUUGUCAACGAGACCGAAGCUGCAAUCCUCUCAGGUAUUGAGAACCCAACUUCGUGGGACAGAGUUGCAGCUGUUUUCAUCUCGCGUGGCGUGCAGAACGUGAUCAUCACUCUUGGCGGCGAGGGCGUAUUCUACCAGACCGCUAAGCAACAAGCUGAGUCCAAGAGUGGCCGCAUUGUACCAGCACGAAAGGUCAAAGUCGUCGAUACUACGGCGGCUGGCGACACUUUCGCUGGUGCUUACACCGUCGCUGUGGCACACUGGAAGUCGAUCUCCCAGGGUUCCGAAUUCGAUUUGGAUGCAGCAAUUUCACAUGCCAAUCGUGCUGCUUCUAUGACAGUGCAGAAGGCCGGUGCACAAUCGAGUAUACCUUGGGCCGAUGAGGUACCCGAAGCUUAG